UCGCGAGCGGCGUGCGAAGAUGACCCUUGCGGCGGAGCCGGCGGAGGGGCAGCAGCGGUCGCUGCCGACGCCAUUCCUGACAAAGACGUACCAGCUAGUUGACGACCCCGCGGUGGACGACGUGAUCUCGUGGAACGAGGACGGGUCGACGUUCGUCGUCUGGCGGCCGGCGGAGUUCGCGAGCGACCUCCUCCCUAAGUACUUCAAGCACAACAACUUCUCCAGCUUCGUCCGCCAACUCAACACCUAUGGAUUUCGGAAGAUCGUGCCGGAUCGAUGGGAGUUCGCCAACGAUUGCUUCAGGAGAGGCGAGAAGCGCCUGCUUCAAGACAUCCACCGCAGGAAGAUCUCGACGGCGGCGCCACCGCUAGCGCCCGCCACGAUCCCGGGGACAGCGCAUGUGCGACGGGCCAGAUCGUCGACGUACUCGGGCGAGGAGCAGGUGCUGUCAUCGAAUUCCUCCUCCGGGCCGCCGCCGCCGCACACGGCCACGACGCGUCCCCGCGGCGAGGCGGAGCUGGGGGAGGAGAACGCGUGGUUGAGGAAGGAGAACGAACGGCUCUCCCGCGAGGUGGCGCAGAUGAAGAAGCUAUGCAGGGAGAUCGCAACGCUAAUAUCAAGGCACGCGUCGGGCCGGCAGGAGCGCGGCGAAGGGGUGGAAGGCCAGGAGGCGGCCGCGCCGUUGCUAGAGCUGAUGCCACCUGGUCCCGCGGCGGAGGAAGUGGAAGAGGAGGAAGAAGUCACGAAGAGUGAGGUGCCUCCGUCGCCGCCGGGAGCAAGCCCGAAACUCUUCGGUGUGUCGAUCGGGGUGAAACGACCUCGGUUGGAGGACGGCGACGGCCCACCCGUAUCGCAGGAGGUAAAAACCGAGUCGGUCGAAUCCGCGUGGCCAAACCAGAAGGAUGUGUCGCCAGAACGCGGCGGCCGGCAGCCGUGGGUCAUCCACUGCCCCCGGCCGUCCCGGAAAGCAUGCAUCACGCCGGACCGGCCGAUCGACGACGGGGCGCGCACGUGACUGCGGGGCGACAUCACGUGUUUCUAACUGCACAUAAAAUAGUACUUAGUAAUAAUGAGAUAAAAAUUUUAUCUAAUUUAGUAGGAUAUUUUGGAGUCUUGUAAUAUAUAUAUAUAUAUAUAUAUAUAUAUAUAUAUAUAUAUAUAUAUAUAUAUAUAUAUAUCUUGUUUGAACUCAGGGACGCGGUCAUCGAACGCGUGGGAGAGGUCUCAUCCCUUCAUCUCUCACGCGGUUUAGGGUUCGUACCAGAGGAUGAUCCGCGUCAUCUUGGGUGCUGACAAGCUGGAUUUGACAUCCCAAUUGGUACUAAUUCAAACUUAAUUAACUCGCCCUCCUUUCCCUUCUUAAUCUUUAGGUUAAUCCUUAUUGAUCGAGUCUACCUGAGAAUUAUUCUUUACAUAGAAACGCUACUAUAAGAAAUCUUUAUAUUUACAAGUAGUUAAGAGUAAGAAUAAUGUUUUGAAUCAUUAUAAUUCAAUAUUAUACCAAUUUAACCCUCUUUAGAUAUGUGUCAGAUUCCAGUGUUAUAUUAGGUUUCUUCCUAUCAUAAAUCCCUCUCGAGUGAUGAAUAAAGAAUAUGCUUGACCUUAUCAUCAAUUCUUUUUCCUUUUUGUAACCUCAGUAUCAUCGAAUUCCUAUCAUUUUUCUUUUUGUCGAACAUAGAAUGAGGAGUGUAGUUGCUUAGUAGCAAUCAAGUAAGGGUUGGUAGAAAUCCUGUGGCCCAUAUGAUGAUUCUCUUGUGGUGCUGCAUCCACAUUCAAUUGAUCUUUCUAACUUUAGAAACUUUGCAUGGUUAGGGUUAUCGACUCAUUGACCCAAUUAAUGGUUUGCUAUACUAAAUCUAUUCAUGAUGUGUGGGGAUGGGCAUGAAAUUUGGCGAUUAACAUUAAUAAUUUUAUAGCUGUACAUUUUAUAAGGGUCAUGCCAAUGGACUACUCGAGCAGAGGUGAUGGUCACUCUUCUCGACCUUCAUGCCUCGGGCGAAGAUUGGGGUCAAGCUUGCUGACUCACGUGCCUCAAGAACAUUUCAUUUUGUCCCUUUCAUCGUGGCGAGUUUCUUUUGAUACAGGUUAAGUUUUUUUAACUCGUGCGCCUCGGACACAUUUUGUCUUGUAUCUCCCGCCAUAGCGAGUUUUUUCUUAUGCAAGUCAGAUUUUUUGCA